ACUCGAUGUAUAUAAACCAGCGGAAUAUGUUGGUCGAAAUCAUUUUGAGUUCUUGGAAAAAUGAGAGCUCUUCGUGAUGGUCUUUUCGCUGUUCUGCUAGCAGUUAUGCUACGCCAGGCAUCAAGUGCUAAAGCGCCAACAACAAUGGAUAUACGUAAGAAGCCUGAAAAAUGGAGCUCGCAAAAACUCACUCAAUUCAUCAACGACCCAAAUAACGCACCGAAAGUAGACUAUCCUCCCAAUGGGACUCACCCGCAGCCUGAUAUUGCUGGUACCAGAGUAUUCCCCGUGUUGAGUAGUCAGAUCAUCGGUGGCACCACGGCAGCAAGUAAGCAGUUUCCGUGGCAGGUCUACAUAAUUAUUGACGAUAGAUGGCUUUGCGGAGGAUCUAUUAUUUCUGAAAGUUUCAUCUUGACUGCUGCUCAUUGCGUUUACAAGAGAGUAACGUUCGUUGUCACUGCUGGUGGAGUUACCCGCAAUACAGUUGAGACAGGAGAAAUUGUAAUGACGUCAACAGAAAAAAUUAUUCACGAAAACUAUGACCCAGCUCGCAUUUGGAAUGAUAUUGCGCUCAUCAAAAUGCCUAACAACUACACCUUUAAUGAUUUUAUCAAGCCAAUUAGACUGCCUAAAACUUCAGACGCAAACAAAACAUUUUCGGGAAUUCUGGCUACAGCGAGUGGAUUUGGGAAAACGUCAAAUCUUGGCGCUGCAAGCCAGACAUUGAUGUUUGUAAACCUCAACGUAAUCUCCAACUCUGCGUGUUCGAGGUCGUAUGGAAGCGGAAUUAUUUCAUCAAUAGUUUGCACGGCUGCUUAUGUAACCAAGUCAAUUUGUUCGGCAAGUCAUUCAAAUACACAUACUUUCAAAUUAAUAAUUUGA